AUGGCAUACAUCCCACAACAUCCCACAUCCCACAUGCCUCCGAAAUUAGAUAUCAGACUCACCAUGCACACCGCAUUCUUUCACCAUGAGCUCCUCCGAGGUGGACAGCAAAUAUGCUUGGGUGAUAGUGCUGGCAGUGUUUUGGAACAAUGCUCACCAUUGGGGAAUCCUAUCUGUCAGUAUCACCUUCUAGUUCACCACACUUGCACUGACACAAUUCAGAGCUAUGGUGUCUUCCUUGCCUACUUUACCUCCCAUUCCACAUUCCCCGGGAGUCGAACUCUCGAUUAUGCCUUUAUCGGAGGUCUCUCCGCCUCGCAGGCACUAUUUAUCUCCCCAAUAGUCAGUAUCCUCCACCGCCGCAUCGGCUUGAAAGCAACAAUGGCAUUGGGGGUCUUGCUCGAAACCGCUGCAUUUUUGGGAGCUUCCUGGAGCCAUGAGAUCUGGCAACUCUACCUUAGUCAAGGCGUCUGCUUCGGCUGGGGUCUCGGAUUGCAGUAUCUCUCGACAACCUACCUCAUACCCCAAUGGUUCAGCCGUCAUCGCAGUCUCGCAGCCGGCAUUGCAACCGGCGGCAGUGGAACAGGAGGCUUGAUUUACUCUCUUUCGACGCAUGCCCUUCUCGCGCGGUUCGGCCUCAGCUGGUCCUACCGUAUCCUUGCCAUUUGCCAGCUCGUCGUCAACGCAACUUGUUUGCUUGUCAUACGCGAUAGGAAAACGGUAGCAGCACCCAGCCGAUCGGUUCAUACUAUCCUCCGUCUCUGCACCCGGUACGAGAUGUGGUUGUACCUCGGCUGGAGCUUCUUCAGUGUAAUGGGGUUCAUGGUCAUCUGGUUCUCGCUGGCCACGUAUGGUCGCAGCGUUGGGUUGACCUUGAGCCAAGGCUCGAUUGUCACGGCGGUCAUGAAUGUUGGCCAGAUGGUGGGGCGUCCGGCCGUGGGGUUUAUGUCAGAUGCCGUCGGUCGCAUCAACAUCGCUACUAUCGCAACCUUCGCAUCUUCUUUGGCACCUUCUGGACGGUAUCUCAUUCCUCACUGUCUCCUGUCUUAUCUUCUCGGCGUGGACGCUAACAGUCAAAUGAAACGGCAUACAGGUGGUCGGUCCACUUGGAGCAGAGGUCUUCGCGUUGGAGGAUCUGCAGUCGGGCUUGACAAUUAUAUGGCUGAUCUGUUCGUUGGAGAAGCCAUCGGUCUCGAGCUGCGAACCUCGGGAAGGCAUGGCUUUUUGCACACGCAACUAUUCACGGGAUUCAUGUACAUCGGCGCCGCGCUAUGCUUAGUCCUGCUACGAGGAUGGAAGAUUGGCGAACUCCGGAAACAGCAGCAGCAGCAGGAAGGCAUUACAAUGGGACGUGGUGCAAGUAAGAAGUAUCUGAACUUUGUCGCCGCGACGCCAAAGGUCGCUUUCAGUCAUGAAGAUCGAUGUCUAAGAGCUCGAGCGGCCGAUAUCAUAUCCACCACGGCGCGGGAGUCUUUCAGAUCAUUCAUGACCACCGUUAUGUUCUGGUCGUACGUCUAUUUACCUCUCUAA